CAGACCUGGAGCGGAAAGAGAAUUUAACAGUCAAUGUAUUAAAUUAAUUUUAAGAAGCGGACGUGUUGAAUGUUACAGAGUCGUUUAAGUAAUACGAUCUUUCAUACACUUGGAGAAAUUGGCUGGUCUAGCAAUAACAUUUUGGUCUGUACAACAGUCUGAAGCCUUGUUAAACAGAGGGAAUGUCGAUUUUCCCACGAAUUUCCCUGAAGCCUGAAGUGACUGAAUAUCUUAAGAGUGUAUUCUUAAACAAGGAGGUUUUAACGGCGGUGGGUCAUCAGGAGGCAGAGCAUCGUUUCCACAAGCUGCUCUCAUGUCUGUCUCACCCACCUUCAUACACCUGCGUACGAGCCAGCACCCAUCUCGCCCCCCUUGAGGAGAUCAGGCAGCGGCUGGCGGAAGAGCUGAGGAAGCAGCAGAUGUGCAGCUCGUCAGCAGAGGAAGUCUCUGUGCAGAUUCUGCCACACCCACGAAUUGCAGAUGUGCUGAUCCUUCCUGUUGAAGGUCCGAGACCUGUGAAGCAGCUCAGCUCAGAGGUGGUGGUGGGCGCUCAGUGUGGCAGCGCCGUGCUGAGAGGCGCUCACGUCUUUGCCCCGGGGAUCCUCGGCAGCCCCAAAUACAUGAAGGCGGGGGAUUUGGUGUCCGUCUUCUCUGACCUGGAGGGCAGGUGCACCCGAGGAGCCACCAGCUUCCAGGGGAAGAAGGUAUUUGUGGGUAACGGAGUAGCCGAAAUGGAUCGCUCCACUAUCUUCUGCACAGAUGAGCCUGCCAGAGGUAUCGGUAUCCGAAUGGUGGAGCCGCUUUACAGAAGUCCAUCCUUUGAUGGUGUUUUACCUAGCCUAGUGUUCCUGCAGAACCUCCCGUCUGUGGUUGUGGGACACGUGCUCGGGCCUCGUCCUGGAGAGCGCAUCCUGGAUAUGUGCGCUGCGCCUGGAGGGAAGACCUGCCACAUUGCUGCGCUCAUGGGAGAUCAGGGAGAGGUCGUAGCCUUGGACAGGAUCCGGAAUAAGAUCGACCGCAUUCGUCAAAAUGCACAAAUGUUGCAUUUGCAAAGCGUGCAGGCGCACUGCUUUAACAGCACUCAGGCUGUGAGCAGUGACCCAGCACAGGAAACUGAAGGACCUCCGUUCCCUCCGGAGAGUUUUGACCGGGUUCUGCUCGAUGCUCCCUGCAGCGGCCUCGGACAGAGACCCAACAUGGGCAGCACCUGGAGCCUCAAAGAGAUCUGCUCCUACCAGCCACUGCAGCGCAAGUUAUUUCAUGCUGCGGUGCGGCUGCUGAAGAAAGGUGGUGUUUUGGUGUACAGCACCUGCACAGUGACUCUAGCAGAGAACGAGGAGCAGGUAGCUUGGGCCCUUGACACCUUCCCCUGCCUCUCACUUCAGCCACAGGAGCCCCACAUCGGUGCUGAAGGCAUGCCUGGAGCCGGCCUUCCACCUGAGCAGCUGCGCCUCCUCCAGAGGUUCAGUCCCGAGCUGAGCUGGGAGCAGACGGAAACUACAGCCCCGCUCCCCUGCAGAGCCGACAGCGACACUAUCGGCUUCUUUAUUGCUAAGUUCCUGAAAAACUAACCCGAGGGCUCGCGCUCUCGCACGGGGCUCAUAUGAGACAGCAAAACGGGAACAAUAGUGUUUAUAUUACGACACUCUGUGUGCUUUGACGGGCCAGUGUUGACAAAGAGCUCCCUGCGCUGUUUACAGCAUCUGCCUCUUAACAGCUGCUCUCUAAAACCGUGGGCCAUAUAGGGAUAAGCUUUAUAAACACCAGGGGAGGGGUGGGAUGGAAGAGGGUGGUGGUGGCAGGGGGGCACGUGGCGACGGAGUCCGGAUGAGUAACGGCAAAUGCAGCAGCAGCAGCAGCAGCAGCGCUGCGGUUGCUAUAACAACAGUGACGACACAGCUGCCAUGGUGACGGAUUCGCUGGAGAAUGGAUCAGGAAGUAGGUGUAGAAAGAGGCCAUGAGAGGAAUUAACAAUUUAGUGUCUUUGCAGCGCUGGAGACGACUGGGACGUUUAAUUAGGACUUCUGGAGCCUGCAGGAAAGAGGAGACGCUUGUGUUUGGCUCAGUCUCUGCAUUCAUCAGAGGGAAAUGUUGCUCAGUUUUUCAGAAUAAGAGCACAUUUAAAGGGAGGCUGUUUCUGUUUUUGGAAGUGGUUAAGAGUAAAGAUGUGAGAGGAAAAAAGAUGUUAGUAAAAUUAUGACUUCCAGGAUAUUUAGACUUUAUUUUUUUACCAAUAGAAUAAGAAUAAGAAUUUUAGCUAUUUUUUUCCUUUUCUCUUUUGUUAUUUAUUCCUUUUUAUGCAAGCAAAACAAAAAUCGUCUUAGUUGUAGAAUAAAAUUGAUCUGUUUUAAAGUCUUUCAGGUGUUUCUUAUAUUUGAACACUUAGUCAACACAUCCUAGACAAACGUCACGCACUCAUUUCUUUAAUUUUGCUAGAAAAAUUGGAAACAGGCGCAGAGAACAUUACUAUACAGGACAAAAAACUGCUAAAGAGCUUGACAGUCAAUGUUUGGUAGGACCAUUCUUCAACACAGUCUGAGUUUUCUUAGGCAAGCUUUCCUGUAAUUUCCUCAAGUAGUCUUCAGGAAUAAUUUUCUGGGCUUCUCAAAGGACCUUCAAAGCUCUUCUUUGCUUUUUGCUGCUUGUGUUUCAUUCUCUGUUAAGAUCAUCCCACACUGCUUCAUUGAUGUUGAGGGCUGGGCCAUGACUGAUAGUGUUCCACUGUGUCUUUUAUCCA